AUGCCCAUGAGGAAGAUAGAAAACUUAUUGGAAUGGUUGAAGCAGGCAGAAGGUGCAUUCAUAUCUGAAAAGAUUGGGAUUUUGGAAGAUGAUAUUUUUGGUAGAGGAGUGCUCUUAGUUGAUGGAAGUCUUCGUAGAAAUGAGGAACUAGUAUCCAUUCCAAGUGAAUACCAGCUUAACUUCCAUAGUGUAAUUUAUCAUAUUUCCAAAUUUAAUAAAAAGCUAGUUGUUCCAGGAGUUAGUUUCCCUCAUGGAGAAAAGAAGGCAGAUGUUAGUGCAGACGAUCCGAGGAUCAAGGGGUAUGGUAUUUUGACAACAGGAAUGGUAUUAAAUAUGAGUUCGUUUCAGCUUUUAAAUUUGUAUAUUUUGACCGAAUGGUUCUUAUUAGACUUCUGGUCUGAAUCUAAGAUUGAAUCAUUUUGGCGUCCAUUUUUCGAUAUAUUUCCGAUUGAGGACGACUUGAAAUGUAUCCCUGCAUAUUACAACUGUAAGGAGCAUAGUGUGAACAGGGAGCUUAUUCCAUACCUUUCAAAUGCUACAAAAAAGCAAAUGGAAAAGAUUUCUCAUCUUAUUCUUUGGGAUUGGAAGUGCAUUUAUGGUAUUUUAUCAAAAUGGAAUGAAUUAUUCAAAGAUAAGAAGCUCCCGUCAGUUGCUGCUCAAUACAGGUACUUUCUUCAUAUUUAUUUUGUGAUCAACUCUCGUUGUCUAUACACAGAAGUUCCAUUGAAGAAAUCAGCUACAGAUAAGUUUACGAUGGUGCCCUUUGUAGACUUUAUGAAUCAUACUCCGAAGGCAGAUAUGCAUUGCUAUCCAAGCGUGGACGAAUCCAAAAAGCAUCCAUUUGCUAUUGGCAAGUUUAGCAUUAAAUGUGGCAGACAUGAAUAUAAUUUUCCUGGAGACCAGAUAUUUUUAAACUAUGGUGCUCAUUCCAAUGACUUUUUGUUGAGCGAAUAUGGAUUCACCGUUAAAGAUAACGAAUGGGAUUUCAUCGACAUAUCCGAGAUAGUGAUGGCGCUGAUAGAAUCUCCGAAACAAAAGGAAUACUUGGUUGAACAAGGAUAUUGGGGGGAUUAUACAAUUUCUAAAACUGAUAUCAGCUUCAGGUUACUGGUUGCAUUGGCAUUAAUUGUUACUGAUGAUUACCGAUUGGUAGAUAAGUAUAUGAUGGGCUACAUAACUGACGAAUACUUUAAACCAAAAUACCGUGAUAUGCUUAUUCAUAUGCUUACAAGUCUUCGGAAAUCAUACAUUGAGGCACUUAGAUCAUUAUCUGAGCUUACAAAAGCUGAUCCACUUUGCGUUGACAAUGUUAUCACAGUAUACCAUGGAUACCUAAAGAUCAUCGAUAGUCAUCUACAAAUAUUAUAA